AUGAAAAAAAGAGUUGUCAUUACGGGUAUGGGUGUUAUUUGUCCUGCUGGGACUAAUAAAAGCAUGUCUUGGAAUAAUGUACUAUCGGGAAAAUCGUUUGUUCAAAAAUUAGACAGCAAUCUUUACAAGAACAUUCCUUCUAAAAUCGCUGCAACAUUGGAUGGACUGGAUUUACACGAAACUAUACCCAAAAGUAAAGUACGUACAAUGGCUCCUUCUACUCGUCUAGCUCUUUUAGCUACCCAUGAAGCAGUAGAAGAUUCUAAAAUAUUUUUAUCACCAGUUAAUAAAGAAGCCAUUGGAGUCAGCGUAGGAGUUGGAAUGAUAGAUUUGGAAGAUGUGUGUCAAACGGCUAAAGCUUUAGAAUCUAGUUACAGUAAAGUCAGUCCAUACUUUGUACCGCGUAUUUUACUAAACAUGGCUGCUGGUCAAAUAAGUAUGGCAUAUGGUAUACAAGGACCCAAUCAUGCAGUUUCUACCGCCUGUGCAACUGGAGCUCAUGCAAUCGGUGAUGGUUUUCGUUUUAUACAGUAUGGUCAAGCAAAAGCAAUGAUUUGUGGUGCUGCUGAAUCAUGUAUAAGCCCUUUGUCAAUGGCUUCUUUUUGUAAAUUACGUGCACUAUCCACUCAAAAUGAAAUGCCGGAACUAGCAUCAAGACCAUUUGACAUGAAACGAGAUGGUUUUGUUAUGGGUGAAGGAUCUGCUAUGUUAAUACUGGAAGAAUUAGAACAUGCACUCAAUAGAAAUGCUCGUAUUUAUGGGGAAAUUUUGGGUUAUGGCCUGUCUGGUGAUGCUGCACAUUUAACAGCACCCUCAGAAAAUGGUCAAGGAGCUUUUCUAGCUAUGAAUAGAGCUAUUAUGGAUGCAAAUAUUAACAAAACUCAAAUAACCUACAUAAAUGCACAUGCUACUUCGACUCCAGUAGGAGAUGCCAUUGAAUUAAUAGCAAUUAAAAGACUUUUUGAGAAGCAUUGUAUUAAUAUACAUGUUUCAUCUACAAAAGGUGCACAUGGUCAUUUAUUAGGAUCUGCAGGAAAUUUAGAGAGUAUUUUUACUAUUCUUGCGUCUUACGAGGGAAUCAUCCCACCAACAGCAAAUUUAAAUAAUAUUUGUAAAGAAGCUGAAAAUCUAAUUUGUGUUUCUAAAAGUCCAAUGGAAUGGAAACAAAAAAAAAGAAUAGCAAUAAAAAAUGCAUUUGGUUUUGGAGGUACAAAUGCAAGUCUUUGUUUCUCUAAUUAUGUAUAA